AUGAACGCUUUCCGCUGCAUGAGACCAGUGGCAGGUCGGGUGGCCUUCCAAAAGCCUACUCUUCCUCGCGUUGCUCGAGCUUACAGCUCGGGGACUUAUGAGUAUAUCCAGGUUUCUCAACCCAAGCCCGGUGUUGGACAAGGUAUGAAUGAUACUGAAACAAUGCAAUCUCUCGGGUUGGUAUAUCAAACAGUAUCUGACGAUGAUUACUUAGUUACCUUGAACCGUCCUAAGGCCCUCAACGCCCUGUGCACGCCCCUUAUCAAAGAGCUUAACCAGGCUCUUCUUGAAUUCAAUGUGGCCGACGAUACGUCAGUCAUCAUUCUAACCGGCUCCCAAAAGGCGUUUGCAGCUGGUGCUGAUAUCAAGGAGAUGGCCCCUCUUACCUUCGCCGAAGCUUACACCAAGUCCUUCAUCGAGUCCUGGUCAGAUCUCACCACUCAGGUGAAAAAGCCAAUUAUCGCUGCAGUCUCAGGGCAUGCCCUUGGUGGAGGCUGCGAGCUCGCCAUGAUGUGUGAUCUCAUCUAUUGUACAGAGAAUGCGAACUUCGGCCAACCAGAGAUCAAGCUCGGGACUGUUCCUGGAGCUGGUGGUAGCCAGCGCCUUACUCGUGCCAUCGGCAAGUCAAAGGCAAUGGAACUCAUUCUGACCGGAAAGUCGCUUUCUGGUGUCGAUGCCGAGAAAUGGGGACUAGCUGCCAGGGUCUUUCCCACGCAUGAGGCUCUGAUGGAGGAGACGCUCAAGACAGCCGAGACCAUUGCUGGCUACUCCAAGGUGGCUGUUCAAGCCGCCAAGGAGGUUGUUAACAAGAGCCAGGAUCUGGCUCUACGUGACGGUGUCGAGUAUGAGAGGCGGGUCUUCCACAGCUUGUUUGGUAGUCAAGAUCAGAAGAUUGGCAUGAAGGCAUUCGCAGAAAAAAAGAAGGCUGAGUGGAGCCACUCAUAA